CUGAGGGACCCGCGAAAAUGAACCCUUUAACAAAGGUGAAGUUGAUCAACCAGCUGAAUGAGCGAGAGGUUCAACUCGGGGUGGCGGAUAAGGUGUCUUGGCACUCGGAAUACAAGGACAGCACCUGGAUCUUUCUGGGAGGGCUUCCUUAUGAACUGACUGAAGGGGACAUCAUCUGUGUGUUCUCACAAUAUGGAGAGGUUGUUAACAUCAAUCUUGUGCGAGACAAGAAGACUGGGAAAUCCAAAGGAUUUUGUUUCCUGUGCUAUGAAGACCAAAGGAGCACAAUUCUGGCCGUUGACAAUUUGAAUGGAAUCAAGAUCAAGGGAAGAACUAUCCGUGUGGAUCAUGUGUCUAACUAUCGAGUGCCUCAAGAAUCCGAAGAAGUAGAUGAUAUAACUAGAGAGCUCCAUGAGAAGGGUUGUGGGGCUAACACUCCUCCACCGAGUUCAUCCGAAGAGUCUGAAGAUUCCAAACCCACCAAAAAGCACAAAAAAGACAAAAAGGAAAAAAAGAAAAGAAAGAAAGACCAAGAGAAGACUGACCAUGAGGUACAGGCAGAGCAAGCACCCUCCUUUGUGUCUCCCAGAAGCAAGAUGAUAAAGGACAAAAAUGAGCCUGGCCCCAAGAAGCACAGCAGCAAGAUCUCAGAGAGAGUUGAGAAGUCUGAAUCCAGAGAGGGGCGGAAGCACUGCCCAGAUUCUCCUGAAGUUAGGCAUUCCGGCCAUGGUCGAGUAGAGGACCCCAAGAGGGAAUCAAAACAUGAGAAACCCAAACAUGAGCACAAGUCUUCAAGUAGGAGGGAGUCUAAAGAAGACAAGAACAAGGAGAGAGAGAAAGGGCAAAGCACAAGCACACAUUCCAGCAGGCACAGCCAGCAUUCUGAAGGGCAAAAUCACAGAAGUAGAAGUAGGAGCCUAGAUAAAUCCCACAGGCAUAAAAGGCACCGAUGCUCCUGGGAACGGGAGUCCUUCCAUUCCAGGGACCAUAGGCAACACUGAAGUCUGUUUCACUCGCCCAGUUGAUAUGAAAACACACUUUGUUGUUUAUUCACUUCUGUUGUUAAUAUUUUUGUACAUAAAAUUUCUGGAGCUGAAUUCUUUGCAUUGUAGAAUUAUUGAGACAACUCUAGUUUGAACAGCCAGAUACUUUGAGUAUUUUAGCAUGUUACAUUGCCCCUGGGAAUAUGCUUGGUAUUGACCAGAGUCUGUAUCCUAAAUUUUGGUUUAAAGAAAUGGUCCAUAAGCCUGGUGUGGUGGCACAUGCCUUUAAUCCCAGCACUCGGGAGGCAGAGGUAGGAGAAUCUCCAUGAGUUGGAGGCUACCCUGACACUACAUAGUGACUUCCAGGUUGACCUGAACUAAAGUGAGACCCUCCCUCAAACAAACAAACAAACAAAAAGAUAUGGUCCAUGAACCCAAUUUGAGAUGAAGUUGCCAGGAAAGGUGUUUAAAAUAUAGCAUUGUGGGACCUUUCCAGAAGGCAAUUUAACUAUGGAGAAGCAGUGCUCCCUAGUUUCAGAUAGCUUCACAUGGAUGCAGUAGGAUUCUUAGGAUCAGCCUGUUUCCUAUUCAAACUCUUUGAAAACUUUUGUUUUUAAGUUUAGAGAGACUAUUAGAUUAAGAGAAGGUAAGAGGAAAGA